AUGAAAUUGAAGAUCAACAAAGCCUGUGAUCUCAGCUCCAUCUCUGUCUUUCCUCCUCACGCAAGGAGAUCAAGUGCUACGCCAACUGGACUGCAUGCUCAGCAGUUUCGAUCCCAGCCAUCACAGCAAUCCUUUUCACAGGGACUCUCAUCUCAACAGGGCAUGUUUUCCCAGCUUUCUCAAUCCUCUCUCGACGAAGUUCUGACAAAUGAUCAGAGAGUAUGUUCUCAAGAACGUGAAAACACUAUGAAGAAGGUGCCUUGCGUACCCCAACAUAGUUAUCCACGAGAAGAGAGUCAAAUGCCAAUUUCAAGAUCUUCCACGAAUCUAAUACGCAAAUGGAAUCCUACUUCUGCUUCUGAUCAGAGAUGUCAGAUUAGUGAAGAACUUGAACGUCGAAUUGGGAUGAUGGAAACUUCAUUAAAUAGGUUCGGAAUGAUAUUGGAUUCUAUUCAGAGUGAUGUCAUUCAAGUGAAUAAAGGAACAAAAGAAGUAAUGUUGGAGGUGGAAGGCAUUUCCCAAAAGUUGGUUGCUCAUGAUAUUUCAUUGCAGCAGCUAAUGAAAAAGGGAAAUGAAGAUAUCAAAGCUAGCCUUGAUGGGGGUCUGAAAUCUUUGUCUGAUCAAUUGGGGAAGGAUGCACAUGAAGAGAAGUUGAAAGAGAUUUUGUUGGUGCUUUCCACCUUUCCAGUGCAAACAGAAGCAUCUCUACUGAAAUUACAAAACAAACUCAGCAACUUAUUGGCCAAAAAAAUGCAGGCAUUGGCUUGCAGCAGCCUGAAGAGCCCUAACCAAAAGUGUGAAUUGGCCAAUAUUCUUUCACCAAAGGCACUGGCUGCGAGCUUGAAGAAUCCCAAUAAAAAAUGUCAAAUGGCCAUUGUCCCUGCUCAAAAGGUUACUGUGCGUCGCGCUAUUUCGCAGAGAAAGCCAAAGCCCCUUAAGAAUUCAAUUGUGCCUCCAGAGGUCUCUGUGCAAGCAAUUCAAGUCCCAAAGGUAGAAAUGGGAGGUUGGAAGUCUGUAAAAAAGGAACGGCUUAUGAAAGAGAAGGUCUCCAGCGAGAAUCACAAAAAGAAAAAAGUUUCUUCAUCCGUACAGGCAAAAGAAUGUAGAAUCAUCAUUGAUUCAGAUGAGGAGAUUGAUGGAGGCUUUUCCUGCUUGAUUAACGAGAAGGGAACAGGAACCGAGUUGAUACAGGAUGUGAAGGAAGAGACUGACCGGAUUUUGAGAAAAGCAAGGAAAAGGAGAAGAUACAACAAUCCUAUAAUUAUUGAUUGAAGGUGCAAGAUUACUCCUCCCUGAGAUUAUGAUCAACCGUCUUUUUUUUUUUGCCUGCAGCACUGAGUUGGCCCUUAUGGGCAGAGUUAUGAAUUUAAUCAGUUUCGGCUCAUCCCUUUACCACGUGCAUAACUAUUUUGGAAUGUUCUUUUUCUUUUUUCCAUUUUCUAUUUUUGUCCUCCUACUUUGUAGAAUCUUGCAUCAGGGAUUAUACGAUGCAGUAUAUUAAUUGUA